GGGGGUGCCGACGGCGGGGGAGGUGACAACGACGGGCAAGAAAGCCGCGCUGGCGGGAGGGAGAGGGCAAGCCACCGAGAGGUAGCGAACAACGGGGCCGCCAUGUCUCAGGCUGUGCAGACAAAUGGAACACAGCCUUUGAGCAAAACAUGGGAGCUCAGCUUAUAUGAACUUCAAAGAACACCUCAGGAAGCAAUAACAGAUGGCCUGGAGAUAGUGGUGUCACCUCGAAGCCUCCACAGUGAGCUGAUGUGCCCCAUUUGUUUGGAUAUGUUGAAAAACACCAUGACUACUAAGGAAUGUCUACAUCGUUUUUGUGCUGAUUGUAUCAUCACAGCCCUCAGAAGUGGAAACAAAGAAUGCCCUACUUGUCGUAAAAAACUCGUUUCUAAAAGAUCACUGAGACCAGACCCAAACUUCGAUGCUCUCAUCAGUAAAAUUUAUCCAAGUCGUGAUGAAUAUGAAGCUCACCAGGAACGAGUCCUAGCAAGGAUCAGCAAGCAUAAUAACCAGCAAGCUCUGAGCCAUAGCAUUGAGGAGGGCCUGAAAAUCCAGGCCCUGAACAGGUUACAGAGGGGCAAGAAACAACAGAUAGAGAAUGGCAGUGGAGCAGAGGACAAUGGUGACAGCUCACACUGUAGCAAUGCUUCAACUCACAGUAAUCAGGAAGCUGGGCCAAGUAACAAAAGGACCAAAACAUCUGAUGAUUCUGGGCUAGAACUGGACAAUAACAAUACAACAGUAGCUAUAGACCCAGUAUUGGAUGGUGCAAGUGAAAUAGAACUAGUUUUUAGACCCCAUCCUACACUAAUGGAAAACGAUGACAGUGCACAGACAAGGUACAUAAAGACCUCUGGCAAUGCCACAGUAGAUCACUUGUCGAAGUACCUAGCUGUGAGACUGGCGUUGGAAGAACUACGGAGCAAAGGAGAGUCAAAUCAGAUGAAUCUUGAAACAGCCAGUGAGAAGCAGUACACAAUUUAUAUUGCUACAGCGAAUGGCCAGUUCACUGUGUUAAAUGGCUCAUUUUCCUUGGAGUUGGUCAGUGAAAAGUACUGGAAAGUGAAUAAGCCCAUGGAGCUCUACUAUGCACCAACAAAGGAGCACAAAUAAGCCUGACGGAGACUUUGAGUUGGAACUGUAAUUACUUUUAUAGCUUUGGUUUGCUUUAAAUAAGUGAAGCACCAUCCUCUGCAUCAUGCACAACUGCUGAGAGAUUUGGAUUCCUUGAUGAAUAUUAUUAAUUACUAGACAGUAUUUUGUGUGAUAUUUAACUUUCUUUCCUCUAGAGGACUGAACAAUCUGUACAUUCCAUUGGUGCUCUCAAAUGUGCUUUUGAUUUGGUGGCUCUUGUUCCAUGUGCAUGGUAUUAGAAGCAGGAAAGGUUUCAUGGCAGACUUUAUACUACCACCUUGAUGAGUGUUGACAAGGGACAACAGAAAUGAUUGGAAUCUAAAGAACUCUCUUUAGUUACAGCAAUGUUAGAGCACAUAUGGUCAAAGUAGGUUUACUAGUAGUUGACUGCUUGUAAUGCUAAAGAAACCGCUGGUUCUGGGGGACAGAGGGGCUGUUCACAGCACUAACUAAACGCUUAUGCAUUGCCCAGGUAACGAGUCCUUCUCUUUUGUAAAUAAAAACUCAAUUCACAAGUAAUAUCCUGUCUGUUCCCAAAUAGGUGCCCAUCUUGGGAAUGUGAGUAAUUCUUUCUCUCCCUGCUUUCAUCAUGCUUACUGUAACUGGGGUAUUCUCAGAUAAGGAGAUGACACCCUCUUCAAAUCAUAUUUAAGAGAAUCCUAGUUAACUUUAACCAUGUUUAAUAUUGGCGUCAAGUGUACAGAUUAACAGCAUUUAAAAGUAUGAGAGGGAAUUUACCCAGGGGAAGAACUUCAAGGAAGGGAAUGUACAUAUCUGAGGCUGGCUCACAAUUUGUUAACCAUGAUUUAUGAAGAAGCAAUAUAUUGGCCCAUUAAGGGGGAAAGUACUAGUAUUGAUACAUGUUAAAAAUUAGUAAUCUCUGCUGCUAGCUUGAGUGGCUUUAGUAUCGAUCAACAAAUUAAAUGAAGGGAAAGCAAUGUUUCUGGGCACACCAUCACCACAAGCCUGCAGGUUUUGAAAUUGGUGGGAUUCUUAUGUGGAAUCUUGAAUGUGCUAGAAGUAAAAGGCACAAAAAGUGCUUGUUUUUGUAAAAGUACUCCAACCGUUAACUUUUUCUCAGUAAAUACUAAUUGAUAAAUUUCUUCAAAAAUAUUCUGUGCAUUUCUUGCCCACGUUAAGAAUAUCUGGCAUUUGUUAUAUUAAUAAAUAAAAUGUAUUUAGGUGAUCUUCAUUUUCAACUGGGUAAGACCUCUGCAGUGUUUGAGUACACCGCAACCAAUUGCUGUGACUGGUUAUGGUAAAUCAGUAGUUUAUCAUCUUAGGCAUAUCUGUGUUCUUCACCUAGUGAGACUGCCAGGAAAUCAGGGACUUCUUUCACUGUUAACGCCUCACCCCAACCCCAGUGCAGUAUACUUGAUCUCUGUCAUUUGGUAUUGGGAAGGGAGAAGAGUGUCCAAACAUGUUUCUCAUCCUGUCCUUAUUGGGGUUAAGAAUCUAGAUAUGAUGCACGCCACUGUCAUGUUUUCCCUUAAGAAUCUGGUCAUUACAGAAUGUAGGAAGAAGCAUAAGCUUUUCACUCUUGAGGAUUAUUUUAGUCCUACAGGAAAGUAAAACUAUUGUAUAAUACUCCCUUUUUGAAGAGUUCUUCACUAUCAGACAUUCCUAAAUUAUGCUAGCAGUUUGUGCCAUGAAACUCCACAAUUACUAGACUUUUGGGGCUGGGGGAGGAGUUGUACUAUGUCUGUUCGGUUUUGUUCAGUACUUUUGUUGUAACGUACAAUUUAUAUAGCUUGGUAGUGCAUGUCCACUAAAUAUAAUCAGGUUUCUUUUUAUGUGAAAAAAUGUUUUUGUAUGGGCAAACAUCAGUUGCAUUAAGAACAAAUUUGAAUUGUGACUUUUCCAAAAUAAUGUUUAGCCCUGUAAGCAGAUAAAAGUGUCUGUAAAAUUCUGAAAAGUGUAUCUUCUAGGGGAAGGGAAUGUUGUUCCCAACUUAGUGUGGGAGAAUGUGAAUUUUUACUUCUAUGUUACAGUGAAUUCACUAAGUAUUUAUAUUUACUUAAAUACAUAAAGUAGCUGUUUUAAUCAAACAA